CGCGUAAGGUCAAGAGGAAAGAAGCAUGGCCGCUGUGUUGAGAGGGUCUCGGUACCUAGUUGGAAGGGGCUGUAAGCAUGUUGACUUUGCACUUGUUUCCACAAGGUCUAUGGCCUCGAAGACACAGGUGGGGUUUAUUGGUCUGGGCAAUAUGGGAAACCCAAUGGCAAAGAACUUGCUGAAGCACGGAUACCCAGUCAUUGCUACAGAUGUGUUCCCGGAGUCUUGCAAAGAAGUGCAGGAGCUGGGUGCUCAGAUUGUGGAUAAUCCUGCUGAGGUAGCAGACAAGGCUGACCGCAUUAUCACCAUGCUCCCCUCUAGUCCCAAUGUCAGAGAUGUGUACACUGGAACCAACGGCAUUCUCAAAAAGGUAAAGAAAGGCUCCCUCCUCAUUGACUCCAGCACCAUCGACCCAGCUGUUUCAAAAGAGAUGGCGGCUGCUGCAGAGAAGAUGGGCGCAGUUUUCAUGGAUGCACCUGUAUCAGGAGGUGUGGGUGCCGCUAGUUCGGGUAAACUCACUUUUAUGGUCGGUGGAGCAGAGGAGGAAUUUACUGCAGCCAAAGAGCUCCUCAGCUGCAUGGGAGCCAAUGUGGUGUACUGUGGUCAAGUUGGAACUGGACAGGCUGCUAAAAUAUGUAACAACAUGCUUUUAGCCAUUGGAAUGAUCGGUACUUCAGAGACAAUGAACUUGGGAAUCAGACUUGGUCUUGAUCCCAAACUGUUGGCCAAAAUCCUGAACAUGAGUUCAGGCCGGUGCUGGUCUAGUGACACCUACAACCCUGUGCCUGGAGUCAUGGAGGGAGUCCCCUCGGGGAAUAACUACCAGGGAGGCUUUGGCACCCAGCUGAUGGCUAAGGACUUAGGCCUUGCACAGAACACAGCCACCAACACAAAGACCCCUGUUCCCCUCGGCUCCUUAGCCCAUCAGAUCUACCGUAUGAUGUGUGCUCGCGGUUAUGCCAAUAAAGAUUUCUCCUCCGUAUUCCAGUUCCUGCGUGAGGAGGAGGGCCAGUAAUGUCUGCCUCCACCCCGUCCAUAGCCUUGCCAGGCCUGGCCCUGCACAGGACUAACAUAGCUUAGUCAGGGUGCAUUUUGCCCCCAAGGACCUUUUUUUUUUUUUUGUUUGGUUUUUUUUUUUCAAAGUUGUGAAAGACAUGAAGCCCAGUAAGCUCCAUCACAGCUUGACAGAUCAUGUGAGCACUUCUCUACUAUUGGAAAUCAUGUUUCCUGUGUGAUCUAGCCUUUUUUUUUAAAUAAAGCACUCCUUUCAAUUUUAGAAGAAAGUGAAUUUUCACAUAUGCAGAUGUGGAUCCAGAAGAUUAGUAGAGUGUCAGGCAGUGGCAGCUCUGCACAUCACAUUACUUAAAAUGCAAAGAGUGUGUGGUGGGAAUCUGUGGUGUUAAGAAGGCAACUCAUUAGCUCUGUUUGUCAAAGCUAAACAUCUGCAAACAGUUUAGUCUCCACAUAUUUAUCUAUUGUUUGUGAUCAUUUCUUUAUGUUGCCGUAUUUUUUUUCCCUGUUCAUGGGGGUCAUUUCUCUUGACAUUGGAAAUGUUACUUUGGGAUAAGAGUGUGAUAUCAUAUCCUGUUAGGAAAUAAAGAGAAAUUGUGAAGUCUUAAACUUUGUGAAAAACU